ACAGACACGUGCCCACGAAAGCGUCCCGGACUUCGACAACGAAGCCAACUUCCCCCGGUUCGCGGAACCCAUCCCCAACAUCACGGUCACAAUCGGGCGGGACGCACUGCUGGCGUGCGUCGUCGAGAACCUCAAAGGAUACAAGGUCGCCUGGGUCCGGGUCGACACGCAGACCAUCCUGUCCAUCCAUCACAACGUGAUUACGCAGAAUCCCCGGAUCAGCCUGACGUACAACGACCACCGGUCCUGGUACCUGCACAUCCGGGAGGUCGAGGAGAGCGACCGGGGCUGGUACAUGUGCCAGGUCAACACGGAUCCGAUGCGGUCACGGAAGGGCUACCUGCAGGUCGUCGUUCCCCCGGCGAUAGUGGAAUCGAUGACCAGCAACGACAUGGUGGUCCGCGAGGGCACCAACGUGAGCCUAACGUGCAAGGCCAAAGGCUUCCCGGAGCCGUACGUGAUGUGGCGCCGGGAGGACGGCGACGAGAUGGCCAUCGGAGGAGAGAAUGUCAACGUGGUCGACGGCGAAAUGCUGUACAUCACCAAAGUCAGCCGGUUGCACAUGGCCGCGUACCUGUGCGUAGCGUCCAACGGUGUCCCACCAUCCAUCAGCAAAAGGGUCCAGCUGAGGGUACAAUUCCCCCCGAUGUUGUCCAUCCCGAACCAGCUGGAGGGGGCGUACGUCGGUCAGGAUGUCAUCCUCGAGUGCCACACGGAGGCGUAUCCGGCCUCCAUAAAUUACUGGACGACCGAGCGGGGAGAUAUGAUAAUUUCCGAUACCUCCCGCACCGGGGACAAGUUCGAGACCAUGUCCCAGAACACCGGCUACACCAAGUACAUGCAGCUGAAGAUCCGCAGCGUAGGUCCAGCCGACUUUGGCUCGUACCGCUGCGUGGCCAAGAAUUCGCUCGGCGAAACGGACGGCCUGAUCAAGCUGGAUGAAAUACCAGCGCCAACGACAAUAUUGACAACCGAAUCACUUUAUAACAAUCGAUCAAAAGGACGGAAAGCCAACAAAAAGCUCGACCCGAUGAUGGUGGGAGAUUACGGCGUUGAGGAGUGGAAGGAGAAUGGUCCCUCGAUACGACACCCACCGGGCGCCUUCCACAACGGCAGUUCCGGCCCGUCACGGUUCCCGUGGCAACGGACGACGACCACUCUCCUUCUGGUGGUGAUGCUGCUGGUGUUACGGGGGUUGUCCACAACCUCCGCCAACAGAUGAAACUAAAGAGUCCCACCAGUCCCGGCGCACCAACUUCACCCAUCCACCAUCAAAAUCUUUCACUAAUCAUCGUUUAGCUUAAAUCUAUCCGCGCGCGGUAAGUGCAAAGAGUAACGCGUUACGUGUUACGGCUUGAAAAAGGAGCACGUUGUUUGUAUACAAGAAUGGAAGCAAGAGAGAGAGUGUAACGGUUCUUAACUAGGAGAAUAGAAAAGGAAAAAAAAAUAUUUCUAUUUAGGAAGUCGGCGCAGAAUAAUUGACCAUAAGAUGCUAGCAAAUAUUUAUAAGAAAAAAAUAUGUUAGAUUGUUUGUAGAAAUUAUACGGAGCGCUAGAAUGUUGAGUUGAGUUAGGUUGAACUGUUUUGUAAAUAACGUAGCUGGUAGAGUAAGCAAAAAUAGUGUUACAAAACUGAUGCUUUCGUCAUAUCAGAAAAUUUAUCAGCCAAAAGAAACGAUUGCGAUGAAAAGCUCAAUUUGAUGGAUUUUUGGAAAACGAUUCUGUUUUAAUUACAAAUAUUUGCGCAAUUUUCGAAAUUCACUUUUCCACACACAAACACACACUUUUGUUAUAUCAGUAAAUUAGGAUCAAAGCCACAUUCGCGAACACUAAUGAAUUACCGUCAUUAUGCACACACGCGUGUAUGUGUGCUGUAAAUGUGUGACAACUCGUUGGCAGACCAACCACGAUAGUAUCGAGUUUAUCAAGAGGCUUUCACUAUUCCUCUCUCUCUCGCUGGUGGUCCCUUGUUUAGCCAUUCACCGUCUAAUGAGGGCUCAAUUUUGUUCCCCAGCCGAUCGGAGUGCGAAUGUGCAAUUCAAAUUAAGGCUAGGGUAAGGAAUUAUAUAUUUGGCAAUGGCAGAUAUUCAAUUUAAUUUUAAUAAUUAUUUUUUUAAUUUUUCAAGCGUUCAAAGACAAUCUUAUGAUUUCCUUUAUAAAAAUUGCAAUGUAAAGUCAAAAUAAAAUUUAACUCUAUACAUUUUUUUCUGAAUAAAUUGGUUGAAAAAAUCAUGCAACAUGAUUCAUAAAAUUAUCGCGUUUCUUCUGAAAACCACUUUCGAUUCCGGGUGCCACACAGUAUCCCGAAAUUGUUUGAUAAUUUUACCUGGAAACCCAAAAUAUGACCAAAAAUCGAUUUUUCGACACUUUGGCUCAAUUCUGAGAGCAGAUUCAAAUUCAGUGGGCAAAUUUAUAUGGAAAAACAUAUAUUUGGACAAUUAUCGAAUUUCGUUAGGGUGAUCCCAUAUGGUUUUCCCUUGGAAAUAAGACCUUUUCAAAUGAAGAUAGGGGAAAUUCUCGUAUGUUUGGCAGGUUAAGCACUCGCUCCUAACUCCAUCCAC